UUACUUUUUUAUUAAUUUUUAUAAGCAAAGAUACUAUAUAAGGUGCACCAUUUCUUGCUCAAUGCAGAAGUCUGUCGAUCUACAUAAUAAAACGUCAAAAUGAAGGCAGUUUUCUUCCUUCUUGUGGCGCUAUUUGUCGUCGUAAACGGGCGAGGAAAGAAGAACCAUAAUAAGAAACAUCCGUGGGGAGGCGGCGGAGGCGGUGGCUGGAGAGGCGGUGGCGGCUGGGGCCGUGGCGGAGGCGGAGGCGGUUGGGGCCGUGGCGGAGGCGGAGGCGGCUGGGGCCAUGGCGGAGGCGGAGGCGGUUGGGGCCGUGGCGGAGGCGGAGGCGGCUGGGGCUGGGGCGGUGGUGGCGGUGGUGGUGGUGGCGGUGGUGGCAUGUACAGUGGAUACAACGGAUUUGGUGGAGGAGGAGGAGGAGAUGGAUAUGGGUAUGAUGGUGGAUAUGGAUUCGAUGGAAUUGCUGGAGGGGGAGGAGGAAUUGGCCUUGCUGGAGGAGCAGGAGGAAUUGGCCUUGGGGCAGGAGGAAUUGGCCUUGCUGGAGGAGCAGGAGGAAUUGGCCUUGGGGCAGGAGGAAUUGGCGGUGGCAUUGGGGGAUUUUCACCAGGUGGAUUCAAUGGCGGGGGAGGUGCAGGACUAUAUUCCUACAGAGGUCGCCGUCGUCACUGGCAAUACGACAGAUGCAAGUGUCAGAAAAGAUGCCCAAAAUACAAAAUAUACGUCGGCACAUGUAACCUUUGUAAACGAUGCAAGAUGGUACUGUGUUGUAGAUAUGUGAGCAGAAAAUGGGGCCUCGGAUAAGUUAACCUGACCUAUAUGCGUGAGGACAGAGAACGACUUUUUUUGAAAACGGACUUCGAUUUCAUAUGUUAUUUAGUUUAUUCAUGCAGUAAAUAAAGCUUGUAACUUGC